AUGAGUGAGGAAGAAUGUGCUUUGAUUCCUCCUACAAAGAGAAAUAAGGAACCCAUGACUAUCUUACUUGAUGACAAUAAACAAUUGAUAGAGAAUGAUAAGAAACAAGAAAAAAACAGAAGCUUCAAGAAUCGAAAGCUGUUUCUGAAAAUUCCUAAAAUUGGAUUGAAGCCUAAUUUCUCCAAACUUCAAAGGAGAUUUAAGAGCAUAAGUUGUUUUAAGGGAGAGGAAGACGAAGAAAUUAUGAUGGAUGUCCAAAGGCACAAGAGUAUAGAUAUAAAUGUUGGUCUGGCGCGAAAGAUGUCGCUGUUCCUAUUUACAAGGAAAACGGUGUGCAUACAUCCAUACCAUCCUUAUACACCACAACAGACGACACGGAAAAUCUAUUUCUUCCACGAAGAAAAACAUCAUUAA